CUUCAGAAGAGGGUCCAUCUCCAUCACAAGGUCGAGGAAAGAGUCGAGUCUCGAGUCGAGAGAGCAGCGCUUAGAGAGCAGAGAAAAUGUCGAGUCUGCCACGUCGUAUCAUUAAGGAGACGCAGCGUCUGAUGCAGGAGCCGGUGCCGGGAAUCAAUGCCAUACCCGAUGAGAACAAUGCCCGUUACUUCCAUGUGAUCGUGACCGGGCCCAACGACUCGCCGUUCGAGGGCGGCGUUUUCAAGUUGGAGCUGUUCCUACCGGAGGACUAUCCCAUGUCGGCACCGAAGGUCCGUUUCAUCACCAAGAUCUAUCAUCCGAACAUCGAUCGUCUGGGUCGCAUCUGUCUCGAUGUGCUGAAGGACAAGUGGAGUCCUGCACUGCAGAUACGCACCAUUUUGCUGUCGAUCCAGGCCCUGCUCAGUGCCCCCAAUCCCGAUGAUCCCUUGGCCAACGAUGUGGCCGAGCUCUGGAAGGUCAACGAGGCGGAGGCCAUACGCAAUGCUCGCGAGUGGACCCAACGGUAUGCCGUUGAAGACUGAAUGCCCGAUGAAGGAGCACCACAAACGAGGGAGGAGGAGUAGUAGGAUCAGGAUGAGGAUCUGUAGGUGUUGCAACAGCAUAUUUGGUGCUGUUGCCAUAUUGCGUUUUGCGGGCGGGUGGGGAAGCAUACUUUAACAAAAAAAAAAAAAAACCAUAUACCAGAUGAAGAAAGCCAGGUGAAGUCCACGAGAGAGCGAGGGAGUGAGGAACGAAGCCUGAAGAAGAAGAACCACAAGUAAAAACUACAAGCAAACGAUAAAAAAAAAAUAAAAAAUAAAAAAAAUAAUACCACACCACACACCCAAUAUAAUAAGAUGGCAAGAAAAAAAAUCAAUACAAUUUUUUUUUUUUUAUCUUGAAUUGGAAAAACUUUCUCGGGCGGGAUAUAUAUUAUAUAAAUAUACGUAUACAUAUAAAUAUAAAAAAUAAAAAAAAAAUAAAAUAAAUAUAUUUUUUUCAUCCAAACGAUCGGGGCGAUCGGCGAACGGAAAGUGGAGAUAGCGAAAGCAUUCUUUAUGUAAGUUUAAAUUUUAAACUUAAAAAAAAAUAAAAGAAAACAAUACACGUAUCUGUUUAAAAACA